AUGGUCGCAGUUGGCGGCCUCUUUCCCCAGCCUCUUCAGUCCCAGAAACUAUUUUUUCCGUCUGCUGACUCUUCUGUUACCGUCCGCCCGAACUCCUUCAACGGAAUUCGUCGAAUGAGCAUCCCUGCCAUCGAGGUUAUUGAGAUUCGGCCCGAUGCUGCAGAGGCGAGCAGCGAUGUUUCGCAGACUGGAAGUGGUAACUCAGAAGCCACCGAUGUUUUCGCGGAGCAGAGCGAAGGUGGCUAUCUGGAUGAAGGCGCUACAGGAGCCGUUGCAGGGGAGCAAGAAUCCUGGGCUGUGGCUCAGGAGGAGCCAAACGUAGCAGAAAAGCUGGAUGAACGCGCCGCAGGAGCCGUUGCAGGGGAUCAAGACUCAUGGGCUGUGGCUCAGGAGGGGUCGGAAGUUACUCAGAAGCUGGAAAAAUCAGUGACAGCCGAGAAUCAGGAAGCUGCGACGUCAGAGAAGAAUGACGAAAUCUCGAAAGAUCAGGAAAGCGUUGCUGAAAACCCGGAAUCAGGGUCACUUGGUGACGUCGAAGCUUCGUCGAACGGAGCUGGGGAUGUAGAGGGUGCGAUAAAAGGAGAGAAAACUGUGACGAGAAAUGUCGAGAAUGUGGACAAUGCGGAGAACGCGGAUCAUGCGGAGAGAGCGGAGAUUGCGGGGCGUGCUGCAGCACUAGGCGACGUCUACGCGGUGGCAGAGCUCGCUUGCUCACCUUUCCCUCAUCGUUUUGUUUUCGCAACCGUUUUCGCGACCGUCCAUUAUCCAAAGCAGGGAGGAGUGAUGGACCGUCUUCGAACCCUCUGUCUCGCGCCGGCCGUCGCGGCGACUCUCGCGCGUCGUCUGCAGGGAAAGCGGGAUGGCGACGCGGCAGCCAUGGCUGCAGGCACCGGUAGCAGCGGAAGCAGCAGCGGUAGCAACGGAACCAAAGUAACUAUUAUCUGGGACAACAAUGCGGACAAUGGCUUUAACUCUCUGUUUGCCGGGCCACCGAGGGUUGAAAGUCUGGCGGGAGUGCCGUCCGAGAUGCUCGCUGACGUGGCUGUCGAGGAGACGUUGGAUGAAUCGCGCAAGGGGAGAUUGACGGCCGAGAUUGAGGUGGCUAUCCCAGAGUGCAAGGGGAACGAAUCGACCGAGACCAGGACUACCAGCGCCAGUAGAGAGUCUGUUCGCCUGCUGCUGUCUUCAGCGAUUGCAGAGCUGGUUGCGGCAAGUGGCAGCGGCGAUACCGACGGCCGCGUUAUUCUGUCACCGCAGGAAAUCUGCACUGUGCGACGGCUAGAGGCGGCCUGCCUGGGCGGGGUGCGGCCGUCAGCAGGCGUGGCGGCCAUCAUGCGCGCCCAACCCGCCUCCGCGCUCUCAGCCCUCCCCCACUCCACUGCCGUGUAUCUCGAGAGGGGGGCUGCCGCUGCACCAGGCGCUGGGAAUGCAGCAGACGCACGAGCAGCAGAAGAAGCCACAGCCGCAGCGGAAGGGACUUGUGGGGGAUGCGCAAACGAUCCCCUUCUGAACUGCACAAUUCGCACACUCGCCUGGAGGUUCCUCCGUGCGGGUUCCACCCAUCUUUCCUCCUCCUCCGCCUCCUCCCCCUCCUCUCCCUCCUCCCCCUCCUCUUCCUCCUCUCCGUCCACCCUCUCUCCGGAGUCAUCCUUCAUAGUGGCUGCAUUUGAGCCCGAGAACGCUGCUGCAGUGGCGGCCAGCUUCCACCCCUCCCGCGCGCCUCUCCUCCUCCCUGUCACCCAAGCCCGCCUCAAGCGCUGCUCUCGCUCCUCCUCCUCCCCAGCAGAUAGAAGACUGCUUCACGAGUCCAGUGCGUCAGAUUCAGCUGCUGCAGCUGCUGCUGCUGCUGCUGCUGCAGCUGGUGCUGCAGCUGCUCCUGGUCUGGAUGUGACAGUGUGGGAGGGUGACAACAUCGAGUGGAGCUGCGCGCAGCUGCAGGUGGCGGAGGCGUGGGUGGUGUCGGCAGCAGCGGCGCUCAUCCACACCCGCGCGUCUCUCGAGGCCCGAUUCCUCCUCGCCCAGGCCAGCGCCGGCACUGCUAGGCGGAUCCUCUCAGGGGCUACGGGGGGAGGAGAAGGAACAGGGGUGGAAGAGGGAGCAGAGGGAGCAGACGCUGAGGUUCGUGACAGCAGCAGUGGCAGCAGCAGCGGCAGCAGCAGCAGCAGUGGAGCUUCGUUUGUUGUGGAGCCAAGUGUGUGUGAGGCGCCGCCUGCCGUAUCGUUCAAGGGCACAGCAGAGCGGUUUCUGCGGCAGUUCAUUGUGGAUGAGAAGCUCAAGACCAUCUACUGCUUUGUGCCUAAGGUCGCCUGUACGAGCUGGAAAACCUGGUUCCGGCAGCAGCAGCAGGGGCAGGGGCAGAAAAACAUUUCCGACGUGUACCUCACGCACGACCACUACAAGAGCGGCUUACGCAUUCUCGCAUACCACUAUAACGAGUACGAGGUGAUCCGACUGCUGACCCGCCCAGAUUUCUUCAAAUUCUCGUUUAUUCGGAAUCCGUACGCGCGGCUAGCCUCGGUGUAUUUCAACAAGCAUGUGAACGGAGGCCCGCCGUUCGGGCGGCAGUUUUGGAACAAGAUGUUUUUCCGGGGUAUUACCCCGUACAGGAAGCUGGUAGAGGAGCAAGGGGGCAAGGACCUGUUUGGGUUCAGCGACUUUGCGUAUCUGCUGAGGAGUGUGGAGGAGAGGUUAAGGAGCUAUAUGGAGUCACACGUGCAGCCUCAGAUGGAUGUUUGCCGGUUUGACGCCAUCAAAUUUGACUUUAUUGGUCGGUUUGAGAACCUCGAUGCUGAUGUGGCAGAGGUUCUGCAUCGGCUGAAUAAGACGGACGCCUCGGGUGCAUUUUCCAUUGGGCUGAAUGCGCAUAGGACAAAUGCAGAGGACAAACUGACAUCCUUAUACGACGAG